GUCCUUGGCGCGCACAGCGGGGCCAGCGACGUGCGAGCUAUGCCUAAAUCCAAGCGGGACAAGAAGAUUUCCCUAACAAAAACCACAAAGAAAGGAUUAGAAGUCAAACAGAGUUUAAUAGAAGAGUUGCGGAAAUGUGUGGACACCUACAAACACCUCUUUAUCUUCUCUGUUGCCAACAUGAGAAACAACAAGCUGAAGGAUAUCAGAAGUGCCUGGAAGCACAGCAGGAUUUUCUUUGGGAAAAACAAAGUUAUGAUGGUGGCACUGGGACGGGGGCCAGCUGAUGAGUACAAGGAGAACUUACACCAGGUCAGCAAACACCUAAGAGGUGAAGUCGGUCUCCUGUUCACCAAUCACACCAAAGAAGAUGUGAACGAGUAAGUAUCUGUGGGGGUAACAAAGGGGCUUCGGUCUAAUGGCACACUUACCACCAGUGUUGCAUCUUCACUGAGAAAGAACUGAAGUUCAUACUGAGCCUCUUCUCCGUCGCUGAAACAGAAGCCGCUAUUGGCAGCAAUUCUCUUGCUCUCCUUGAUGCUGGUCUCAUGACAAUGUUCAGCUUAAAAUGCUUCUAUGCAUACCUCCCUUUGGAGUUGCGAUGGGAAAGGCAGGGGGAA